AUGGAUGUAUCCAACAGAUCAAUUGUUGAUGAAUAUGAUGAAAUCAGUACACUUGACGAAUCAGCUCUUCAAAUGCUUUGUGAAGAAUGGAAACCGAAAUCACAAUUUCCAACUUUACUGACUCAAGUUGCUGGUCUACUUGAAAAAUAUCGAAACAUUCAAUCAUUUCAUACUUGGCAGAAGAAAUGUUUCGAUUUACCAACUCGUCGAAAAAAUCAAAAUCUUAUUUAUAAACUUCCAACAAGUGGUGGCAAAACAUUAGUUGCUGAAAUAAUGAUGCUUAAUUAUUUACUUUAUCGACAUCUUGAUGUUAUUUUUAUUUUACCAUUUGUUGCAGUUGUUCAAGAGAAAGUAAUAUUGUUUUUUUUAUUGUCAUUAUGUAUUAUUUUUACUAUGAACAUCUUAGCAGCAAGUAAAGGAUGUUAUCCACCAAUACAACGUCGAAUGAAAACAUCACUUUAUAUUGGUACAAUUGAAAAAGCUAAUUCAUUAAUUAAUCCUUUAAUUGAAAAUCAUCAUAUGGCUGACUUAGACAUUGUUGUUGUUGAUGAGGUACACUCUUAA